UUGACGAAAAAAAAAUAUCUGUUGUUGUUCUACUGCCUUCUUUUCAGUUUUCAGUUCGGUAUUCGGCGCGAUGAUUCAAUGAUUGUUUUCUCGACCGAUAAUUUUUUUUCGCUCGAAAGUUCAUUGGUGUGCGAUUUCUGAAUAAUUCAAGACAAUUAUACUGCCAGUGUUUGGAAUAUUUACUUGACGAUAUAGUUGAAUCGUAUCCACGAACAAAUGUGCACGACGAUAAACCUGUUAUCAUUUUACGACGAGCCCGAGUGGUCGGACAUUAAUCAUAUAGAUGAAUUGCAUAACAAAGAAGUAUAGCACUUAACAACAAUUUACUAUACAGCCUCAGAUAAAUUCACCAUCUAAAAAAAAUGGCUGCCGGGUCACCUCAUGAUUUAGAUGGGUUUUUACCUCUAUUAUCAACUUCUGAUAUAAGGAUGAAAGUAACUGUUGGUGGUAAAUUAUUUACUUAUUUAGAAGAACCUAGUAAUUCAGUUGAAUGUUCUGAUAUUGGAAUGUUUAUUGAUGGGGUUGUUCAAUGGUUAUCAAACAGCAAUCCCAAAGUUACUCAAUAUGGGAUUGAAAUAAUAACACAGUUAAUAACUAGAAUGAGAACGGAUUUUAGACCAUAUAUUUCUACAGUACUACCUUUAGCUGUCGACCGUCUAGGUGAUAGUAAGGAUUCAAUUAAAGUCAAAGCACUUUUUCUUAUUAUGAAAUUAAUGGAAUGUGAUACAAUUAGCCCUCAGGCAUUAUUCGACAAAAUAUCAGCUAAUGCAUUCUAUCACAAAAAUAGUAAUGUUAAAGAAGGAGCAAUGAAGUUAUUAUUAUCAACUGUUGAAGAAUUUGGUGCCAACUGUAUCACUAUAUCAAAAAUUGUACCCAUGAUUGUAAAACUUUUAAGUGAUCCUAAUGUUCAAGUGAGGCAUAAAGCAUUUGAAACACUUGUUGAUUUAUAUAAACAUGUUGGAGAAAAAUUACGUGUAGAUAUACAAAAAAAAUACACCAUUCCUCAAGGUAAAAUGACUGACUUGAUGAAUAAAUUUGAUGAUGCUAAAGCAGCUGGAGAUUUAUUGCCAACUGCUUUUGUUGGACUUAGCUUAGCUGAUGAUGAUGAGACUGAUCGUGCUUGUAUGUCAGCACCUAGACGCAUUCCUGGUAGUGUUAAAAGACCUGGUUCAUUUUUUCCUCCAAAUUCUGCAACACCUUUACAACGAACUGGUUCUGUAAGAAAACCCAAUUCAGCGUCUUCUACCUCUUCUCAUGCUGGUGCUGUUGAUGAAGAUACUUUUAUUCGAUCUUUUGAAGAUGUUCCUACAAUACAGAUUUUUAGUGUACGAGAUUUAGAUGAUACUAUGAAAAAAUUACACGAGUCUAUUCAAGAUGGUAAUGAACAAUGGAAUAAACGAGUUGAAUCGUUGAAAAAAAUUAGAUCACUUGUAUUAACUGGUUCAACAAAAUAUGAAGAGUUUUUCAAUAAUUUGAGAUAUUUAGAACAUUCCUUUCAAACGUCUGUUAAGGACUUGAGAUCUCAGGUUGUUAGAGAAACAUGUAUUACUAUAGCAUUUUUAUCUCAACGUUUGGGUAAUAAAUUCAAUCACUUUGCUGAAUCAAUUUUCAGCAAUUUAAUUGAUCUUAUACCAAAUUCAGCAAAAGUAACCGCUUCAUCUGGAUUAAUUGCUAUAAGAUUUAUAUUAGAACAUACUCAUGCUCCUCGUAUUAUACCUAUUCUUGCAAAUAGCCUAGGAUCUAAGUCAAAAGAUAUUCGUCGUGCAUGUUGUGAAUUCUUUGAUCAAAUUUUACGUACGUGGCCAACUCAAGCAUUAGAAAGACACAUCACAAUACUUCAGGAUUCCAUUAAAAAAGGUAUAGCAGAUGCCGAUUCAGAUGCUCGAGUGUUAUCACGGAAAUCUUAUUGGGGAUUUUGCGAACAUUUUCCAGAACAAGGAGAAAUAUUAUUAAAUAAACUAGAACCAGCGUAUCGUAAAGUAUUACUAACAAAUACUGGAUCUAAUUCAUGUUUACCAAAAUCUGUAAUGGCUGAAAGUACAAGAUUACCUUCUCGUCGUCCAGUUACUCCACAAAGCAACAUUUCAAUGAGAUCAAGCAGUGCCAUAGAUUUACAAGCUGCACAAAGAGCAAAAGCUCGUGCUCAAUAUGCAGCACUUGCUAGACAAAAAGUUAACCCCAUGGUGUCCCCUCAAUCUGUUACCAAAAAACCUAAUGAAGAUACGCAUCAAUCAGAAAGAAUUGGGAGAUCAAGAGGAAGAGUAUCAAUAUCUCAACCAACUAGUCGUUCAGGAUCACCAUCUUCAAGAUUUACUUUUGGCCAACCAAAAUCGCGAAGAGGCAGUUCUGGUAUACCCAGAUCUCAAGAUACUAGUAGAGAAGCUAGUCCUAAUAGAUAUAGUUCCCUUGGAUCACACACAAGUAGUAGACGGCCACCUAUUUUGCCUACGUCUAGACCAAUAAUGGCACAAAAAAUAUUAAUGCAGAGUCGAGAAGCAGAAUCUGCCCUGGCUGAUGCUCUGGGAAGUACUACUGGUCAUAAAUCACCAAGAAAAAUAUUAGGAAGAUCAUUAGAUGAUCAUAGUGACGAGAGUGAGACAUCUAGCAUUUGUUCUGAACGCUCAAUUGAUUCUCAUCGGCGGCCUUCCGAUUCAUUUUAUUGGAAUGGAUCACAACAUCGCUUGCAUAAAGAGAUUUGGGAGAGCUCUAGUUUAGAUAUAGAUGAUAUAAUAUUAAACUGUGAAAGUUCAAACUGGAAUAAUCGCAAGGAAGGCUUAGUAAGCUUACAAAGAUAUUUGCAACAAGGAAAUAUUUUAAGUGAAAUAUUAUUAAGGAGGCUAACAGAUAUAUUUACUAAAAUGUUUAUGGAUUCUCAAACAAAAGUUAUAAGUCUGUUUCUGGAUGCUUUAAAUGAAUUAAUUGUUACACAUAGUCAAUAUUUAGAGCAUUGGUUAUAUAUACUUUUAGCCAAGUUAUUCAAUAAGGGAGGUUCUGAUAUACUUGGUUCUGUGCAUUCAAAAAUAUUAAAAACAAUGGAAAUUGUAAGAUUAUCUUUUCCUUGUGAUUCUCAGCUAACUGCUGUAUUUAAAUUUCUCACAGAUCCUACACAAACUCCUAAUGCUAAAAUGAAAAUAUUUGCUAUGAGUUAUAUAUCAAAAUUAGCUGUUACAACAGAUCCAGGAUCAGCGUUUCCGUCUGCGGCAGAUGGAAAAAAAGAUUAUGCUACUCUAGCAUUAACAAAAAUGAUUGGAUGGACUAUGGGUAAUAAUAUAAAGCAAGGACCUGAGUUAAGACGUGCUGCACAAGAAUCUAUUCUUGCAUUAUACAGUUUAAAUGCAUCUCAAAUCACAUUAAGAUUAUCCCAGUUACCAGAAGAGUAUCAAGAAGCCGUUUCUGGACUCAUUAAAAACAGAGUCAGGAGAAGUAGUGUUGAUCAAUUAAUGUCUCCGAAAUAUCAUAACCGACAGUCCCCAACAAGUCUUGCUUCACCGCCUUUGCAACAAGACAACACUGAUACUUUCAAUUCAGAAGAAAUCUACAAGUCAUUAAAACAAACCACUGCUGAAAUACAAAAGUACAGUUUAGAAUGCCAUUAUACAGGAGAAAGAGAUGCUGCUUCUUAUGACUCUGGAAUAAGUCAAAUGUCAGUCCGUACUGAAACUGAUAAUCAUAACUUAAAUGGUUACAAAAAUGGUCAUACUGCAACAACAGAUGGAAUUAUAAAAAUAUUAGAUGAUUUAGAUAAAGAUUCCCUUCAACUGGAUUAUAAACAAUCAAAUUUAAACCGUUUAAAAGAAUUAAUUAGAGAUGGUCCUUCUGAUCUUCUUAUAAAAAAUUUCAAAAAAAUUAUUAAAGUUGUUCUGAAAUUAUUGAUGGACAAUGAACCAAUUGUACGAGAACAAGCUAUCAUUUUGAUUACAUAUCUUGUUCAAAAGCCAGAAAUGGUUACUUGUUUUUAUAAUUUCACUGAAUUGAUUAUAUUAAAAGUACUAAAUAUGUGUUGUGAUCCCUGUAAACCUGUUGUAAAAGUUGCUGAAGAAUGUUCAUUUGCCUUAAGUAUCUCUUUACAACCAGAAACAGUUGUUAGAGUAAUUACUCCAUUGAUAUCGGCAAAAGAAUUUCCUGUUAAUUUGAUGGCAAUCAAGAUGAUGACUAAACUGGUUGAUAUGUAUGGCAGCCCUCCUGUAGCUGUUCAAAUGAAGGAGAUAAUGCCUGGUUUACUACAAGGCUAUGAUAAUCCAGAUAGUGCGGUUCGAAAAUCAGCAGUCUUUUGUAUGGUUUCAUUACAUAAAGUAUUUGGUGAACAGGAAUUUGCACCUCAUAUAUCAAGUUUAAAUGGCGCCAAGCUCAAGCUAUUGAACUUAUAUAUUGAACGUGCUCAACAGUCUUCUCCAACAUCGCCCAAAACCACUUCAUUUACAGGACACAACGGGCUAUGGGCUAUGAUUAUUGAUUUGGCCCAAAUGUACGAAUCCAUUGAUUCAUCUGUGAUUUCAGAUUUGGCGGCGAAUAGCGAUGGUCUAUUUAAAGUGUCGAAAGUUGUAAAAAUGUCCAUUGCUGCCGUUGAAGUAGGCGAAUUCGAGUUAUUGAACGCGAAGAAUUCGUGGAUAUCCAAGUCCUGUCUAAAAGAUAUCAAUAAAGUUGAAUGCCAACCAGUAUUACCUGUUAAAGACGAAAAAAAUGUUCUUGUGACUUCAGCACUACCAUAUGUCAACAAUGUUCCACAUCUUGGUAACAUAAUUGGUUGUGUUUUAUCUGCCGAUGUUUUUGCAAGAUAUUGUAGAUUACGUGGUUGGAAUACGUUAUACAUUAGUGGUACUGACGAAUAUGGUACUGCAACUGAAACAAAAGCAUUAGAAGAAAAAUUAACACCACAAGAAAUCUGCGACAAGUAUUUCAAAAUUCAUAGUGAAAUAUAUAAGUGGUUCAAUAUUAGUUUUGACCAUUUUGGUAGAACUACAUCACCGAAACAAACCGAAAUUGUUCAAGAAAUAUUUAAAGAAGUACACAAUAAUGGUUAUACUACUACUGCAUCUAUGGAACAACUUUUAUGUGAAAAUUGUGAUAGAUUUUUAGCCGAUCGAUUUGUUGAAGGAACAUGUCCUCUGUGCAAAUAUGAGGAUGCUAGAGGUGAUCAAUGUGAUGGUUGUGGACAUUUAAUAAAUGCUACUGAACUUAUAAAACCUAGAUGCAAGGUUUGUCAAAAAACACCAGUUGUACGUAGUUCUCAGCAACUCUUUUUGAAUUUACCCAAAGUUGAAGCUAAACUUAAUGAUUGGGUAGAUAAAUCUGGUGAUGAUUGGUCUUAUAAUGCUAAAGUGAUAACUAAGGCUUGGUUGAAAGAUGGUUUAAAGGAGAGAUGUAUAACGAGAGAUUUGAAAUGGGGAAUUCCUGUUCCACUUGAAGACUUCAAGUCAAAAGUGUUUUAUGUUUGGUUUGAUGCACCAAUUGGCUACAUGAGCAUGAGUGCUGUGUAUACGCCAGAAUGGCGUAAAUGGUGGCAACCAGAAGAUGAUACUAAAAUAACAUACUACCAAUUCAUGGCAAAAGAUAAUGUGCCUUUUCAUUCCGUCAUGUUUCCAGUAUGUCUUUUUUCUACUGAACAAAACUAUACAAUGGUCAAUCAUAUAAUGGCAACAGAAUAUUUAAACUAUGAAGAUGGUAAAUUUUCUAAGUCCCGUGGUAUUGGAGUGUUUGGAAAUGAUGCUCAAGAUACAGGGUUGCCUGCUGAUGUUUUUAGAUUUUACUUAUUGUUUGUCCGUCCUGAAUCUCAAGAUAGUUCAUUUAGCUGGGCAGACCUAGCUACUAAAAAUAAUUCCGAGUUGUUGAACAAUUUAGGAAACUUUUGUAACAGAGCUUUAUCGUUCUUAGAAAAGUUUUUUGAUUGUGUUAUUCCUGAAAUUCAAUUAGGAAAUGACGAACUCACUUUAUUAGCAUUAGUAACGCGUGACCUCAAAGAAUACAUAAAUAUGUUAGAUAAAGCAAAACUUAGAGAUGGCUUACGACUCAUACUUUCAAUAUCUCGCCAUGGUAACCAAUACAUGCAAUUCCAAAAACCCUGGGUGCUAAUAAAAGGAUCAAAUGAAGAAAAAAUCAGAGCAGGUACAGUCAUUGGAUUAAGUUGUAAUUUAGUUUGUUUACUAGCUGUCAUGUUACAACCUUAUAUGCCACAAACUGUUAAUAUAAUUGGAAAACAGUUGAACAUUGAUAUCUCUACAUUUUUAUUAAACAAUUUCGUAUCAGUUUUUUUGCCACCUGGACAUAAAAUUGGAAAACCAGCUCCAUUAUUUGAAAAAAUUGAUCCAUCAGUUGUCAAUCAAUUAAAAAGUCGCUUUGCUGGCAAACAAAAAUCACAGGAAAAAGAAUUAACAAUGGCUGCUGGUUUGGACCUUAAACAAAUUACAACUGUAGAACAAAUGGAAGAAGCUAUUUUUAAACAAGGAGAUACAGUACGACAAUUAAAGCAAAGUGGAGCUCAAAAAAGUGAGUGGGAACCAUAUGUCAAAACAUUAUUGGAGAUGAAGAAAAGCUUAGAACAAAUGAAAUUAGCUUCCAAUCCAAUAUCUAUUGAUGACUUAGAAGAAGAAAUUUCCAAACAAGGCGACAAGGUACGUAAACUAAAGGAAGCAAAAGUUGAAAAAAGUGAAUUACAACCUGAAAUUGAUUUACUGUUACAAUUGAAAUCUAAACUAUCUAUAUCAAAAGGUGUUCCAGUUGAAAACGGACAAAAAAAGAAACAAAAACCAACUAAAAAAUAAACUUAACUAUAAUUUUCAUUAUGUUGAAUUUUGUUCCUUAAUACUACGAGAUAAGAUAAUAGUAAAGUACACAAUUUUUUCCAGUCCUGUAACUUAAAUCAAAUUUUUCCAAUUCAUUUUCAUUCUUAACUUUUAAUAUUUCUCUUUAAAAUAUAUUUAUUUUAUCCAACUAUAUUUAUUACAUAAAAAUUGUAU